GUUUUGACUAGUUUAUGAAAAAAACAAAUAAACUUGUAAUUCGAGUCUAGAGUUAGUAAAAUUAAUUAAGCAGACACAGUGCCCUUCAGAUUAACAUCGAUGGUGAAAUUAGUCGAUGGAACCUUUUGAAAGAAAAUAAUUCUUCUGAAAUGACAGGGAGUUGGCUAAAAUGCUUAUUGACAGGGAAGGAUGGUAGAUGAACAGUGAGCUAUGUUGAGCAUUUCCAAACUAGAGGCUGCUGCAGUUGGAGCUGGUGUUGCCUUGUCCAUGUACAAUGGGGGAGGGCUUUUAUGUUUGUUGGACUUCAUAGUGGGUGUGUGCCUUCAGAAUAACUUCUUGAAAAAUGAGACAUUACAUUGGUACCGCAAGGCUGACCCAGGCCUCUGGUGUUCUCUCAUGUUCCCCUGCAUUCUCAACCUGCUGGGCAGACAAGACUUUCUGUCAAGCCUGUUUGUGCCACUAUCUUACCUCUGCUGCAUGCUGAUAUACGCCCGUCUGUGGGAGAAAGUCAACAUACAAAGCCUACUUCUGUCUGUUUACAUCAUAGCCAGAUUCACAACAGUGCUGUGGUCAACAUGGAGGGACUUAGAUGGUGUGACUUGUAUUCUGGGGUUGGCAGGGGCGGUGGUGUACAGUAAGUUGCUGUAUAUAGUUCCUCAAACUUUCCCUGGGAGCUUCACAUUUGGAGAGGCCUGCAUUUCAAGCCAGCUGUACAUCGCUCUAUGGAACGCUGUGGCAACUAUUCUGCUGUCCACUCAGGAUGUUUGUGCUCUGCAAAAGCUGAUAUUUUGUGUGUUUGUAAGUGUACAUGUGGCAGUGGUCGUGGUUUGGGUAUGUCAGUACCACAACAUAACCCCCACCACACUUUGGGCAUGUCUAGUCGGGGCUGGGCUGGCUUGUGUAGGUUUUACUGCGGCUGUCCUUGGGGUUCAACAGGGAAAAGGGCUUUUACAGGAAUUGUUCUUCGAAGAAACAGCAGUGUGUCUUCUCAUUUGGUGGUCAGGACUUGUCAUCUUAAGUGUAGUCAUAGUUUGUUUUUAUGGACAAGUGACAGUACAGUUAAAACCAAAACAGAAUCGAAACCCUCUCAAAAGUGCAAACAAAUAUCAGAAAAUAGAACCAACGACAGUUACUAAUGAACAGGCCAGUGAGGAAGAAUCUGCUCAAGAGUUGAAACAAUACAGUGAAAUUCAAACACUAUCUUCAUCCAAAACUGCUCCAUCUAAGAAUGACAUAAAUCCUGACACUAGAAAGAAUUCCUGCAGCCCAGUAUCAACAGCCACCAGGAAGUACUUCCACCUGGCCAUGCUACUGGUCUAUUUUCCAGGUCUGGUUUUCCACCCCAAACUUCUCUACCUCGCCUCUGUUGUGGCAACAGGAGUGCUUGUGUUGAUAGAGUAUGCAAGGUACAGUCAGUUUCCAGGUGUUGGAAGUACAUUGCACACCUACCUGUCAGUGUUUUUGGACCCUCAAGACCAGGGGGAGAUUAUCCUGACUCCAAUAUACCUCAUCCUUGGCUGCUCACUGCCUUUGUGGAUCUCAUAUUCUACAGUUGGUGUGGUCAGUUUGCCCUGCUUUGCUGGCCUUCUUUCCAUUGGAGUGGGAGACAGCGCUGCUUCCAUUGUAGGAAAACAUUUUGGAAUCCAUAAACUGGACGAGUGUGAAAAAUCAUAUGAAGGGACCCUAGCAUCUGUGAUAUUUCAGCUGGUGGCAUUUUAUGGCCUCUUUUUGUCGGAUGUGGCAGACACCAGUGUGUUCAGUCCUGGAGUUGUGUUAGUGGUGAUGUUAAAUGCAUGCCUGGAAGCCUCCACCAAACAGAUAGACAACCUUGUUGUACCAUUGUUCACAUUCAUGACUAUGAUUGCAACUGUAAAAUAGGGAACCUAGUUGUCCCAUUGUUAAUUUUCAUGACUAUGGCUGAAACUGCAAGGGAGACAACCUAGUUGUCCCAUUGUUAAUUUUCAUGACUAUGGCUGAAACUGCAAGGGAGACAACCUAGUUGUCCAAUUUGCAUGACUAUGGCUAGCAUUAUAAGGGAGACAACCUAAUUGUACCAUUGUUAAUAUUCAUGACUAUGGCUAGCAUUGAAAGGGAGACAACCUAGUUGUCCCAUUGUAAAAUUUAUGACUAUGGCUGAAACUGUAAGGGAGACAACCUAGUUGUCCCAUUGUUAAUAUUCAUGACUAUGGCUAGCAUUGUACGGGAGACAACCUAGUUGUCCCAUUGUUAAUAUUCAUGACUAAUGGCUAGCAUUGAAAGGGAGACAACCUGGUUGUCCCAUUGUAAAAUCUAUGACUAUGGCUGAAACUGUAAGGGAGACAACCUAGUUGCCCCAUUGUUAAUAUUUAUGACUAUGACUGGCAUUGUAAGGGAGACAACCUAGUUGCCCCAUUGUUAAUAUUUAUGACUAUGACUGGCAUUGUAAGGGAGACAACCUAGUUGCCCCAUUGUUAAUAUUUACGACUAUGACUGGCAUUGUAAGGGAGACAACCUAGUUGUCCCAUUGUUAAUAUUUACGACUAUGACUGGCAUUGUAAGGGAGACAACCUAGUUGCCCCAUUGUUAAUAUUUACGACUAUGACUGGCAUUGUAAGGGAGACAACCUAGUUGCCCCAUUGUUAAUAUUUACGACUAUGACUGGCAUUGUAAGGGAGACAACCUAGUUGUCCCAUUGUUAAUAUUUACGACUAUGACUGGCAUUGUAAGGGAGACAACCUAGUUGUCCCAUUGUUAAUAUUUACGACUAUGACUGGCAUUGUAAGGGAGACAACCUAGUUGUCCCAUUGUUAAUAUUUACGACUAUGACUGGCAUUGUAAGGGAGACAACCUAGUUGCCCCAUUGUUAAUAUUUACGACUAUGACUGGCAUUGUAAGGGAGACAACCUAGUUGUCCCAUUGUUAAUAUUUACGACUAUGACUGGCAUUGUAAGGGAGACAACCUAGUUGUCCCAUUGUUAAUAUUUACGACUAUGACUGGCAUUGUAAGGGAGACAACCUAGUUGCCCCAUUGUUAAUAUUUAUGACUAUGACUGGCAUUGUAAGGGAGACAACCUAGUUGCCCCAUUGUUAAUAUUUAUGACUAUGGCUGAAACUGUAAGGGAGACAAUCUAGGUGCCCCACUGUUCACUUUCAUGACUAUUGGUACUACUGAAAAAUGAACAAACUAGUUCAGCCAUUGUUAAUAUAUAUGACUAUGGUUGCCACUGUAAGGUAGACAACCUAGUUGUCCCAUUGUUAACUCGUGUUAUGUUGUUCACAUUCAUGACAUUGUUGUUUUACCCCCACCACCUUAAUUCAGCAUGUCCAGGUCGUAUAUCUGUCCUGAGACAUCGAGACCAGUCUAUGUUUCUCCGCCUUAUGUUUUUGAGGUAUUGACUUCAAACUUCAUACACAUAGUGAUUGUGUGGAGGAAAAUGAUUAAAGAGCAAAUGGAAUAUUAUUUUGUGUAUAGUAUAUUCAAAGUAAUUGCUCUUAAAUUAUUUUUUUUAUACUUUUUAUUUUUACUUUUCUCCUUACAUUAUAUUUGAAGUAUUGACUUCAACUGUACAAGACAAGCAUUAUUUUGUGUUUGUUAAUUUUAAAAUUAUUGCUCUUUGACUAUUAUUAUAUUUAUCUUUUUACUUUUCUGCACCACUUGGUGAUGAUGGGGCCAAUAUAGGAAUCACCUUGUCCUGUCUGAUUGAACAAAUACUUUUAAAGGUUAAACUGAAUAGUAAAAUCAUGACCAAUAAUCAACCUGCUAUUAAUAAAGCAAAAGUCAACUUAACAGUCAACUCGGCUAUGAUUUUCAUGCCUUAUUUCAUAGUGGUUAUAGUCCUCGUUUUUAUAAAGUAGAACUGAGGACCGUUAAUAUAAUAAAUGCCUUCUCACCAACUUGUGUUGAGGUCAGUUAUACUUAGAAGGUGUAAGGUGGGGGCAUCAAUCACAUCCAGUGAUAGCUGUAGUUUGUUUUUACCAUUGAGAAUCCAUAUUUGAAUUUUACCAUGUUAAUGUGCAAUUUUGUAAUAAAUCAUUUUGCUGUGGAAAGUAGUAAUAUGUACGUGACAACUGUGUCAUAUUUAUUAUUCAUUUCAAUGCAAUAAAAUGUUGAAUCUUUCU